AUGACCGCCAACAACGACACUAGGUGGGCAGAGGCACUGCGAGGGCUCUCGACAGCCUUCAAUGACCUCCGCCUCGCCGAACCUGAACUCAACGAGCGCAUCGCCGCAAAUCAGGCGGAGAUUACCGAGAGCUACGGCCUUUGGCAGUCAAAGCAUGCCGCAGUGCACGGCGCCACGUACGAUCAAGGUCUAGCCGAGCUCGUGGAUUACUUGCAGAACGAGCGGCCCCAAGACAUGUACUUACAAGGGAUGGUGACAGAAUACCUGGUAGAGGGAGUGCAGUUGCCCAUUCGUGCGCUCGUCUGCCAACAGCGGGUUCGAGCUGCCCUCGAGGCAAAGCUCGCCUGUCUCGAGCGCCUUCUACCAUUCAUGGAGGUCAUCACCGCCAAGUCCAAUGACCCUCCCGCGACUACUAGUCAGGCUUCUCCCGCCACUUCUAGUCAGGCUCCUCCCUCAACUACUAGUCAGCCGCCUGCAAAGAAACAGAAGUCAACUGUGUCUGGAGGAACUGCUAGCGUGAUUACCCCACCAUCCAAGAACAAGUUACCAGCAUGGGCGUCGCAGCCGCAACCAUACCCGAACCAUGCGUCUGUAGAUUCACCUGAGAACGAACCGACAACCCCACUACAGCAAUCUCUAGCCGGGCUAACGCAGCGACCACAAUCACUGCCGAUUACUCCUUCCGCACCCAGUCUUGGAGGUCCAGUCCCACCGCAUCCACCGCAGCUACCGCAGAUUACCUUGCCUACACCUAAUGUUGAGGGCUCAACUCCGGCGUUGCCACCACCCACAAGAAACGAGAUUACCUUCAAAGUCCCGGAGCAAACACUCCUUGAGCACUUCGACCGACUCACGGAAGAAAUGGGCGCAAUGCCUGAGGUUCUUAGAGAUGCGAUACUUCUCUCUUCGUAG